AUGCCGAGGGUGUACAAGCCAGAUCCUCGUGGCAAGAGAUAUAAAAAGUAUAGCAAGGAACUCAUCGAGCAGGCUCUUCGUGAGUAUAGCGAGGGGAGAAAUUCCUUGAGCAACGUUGCCGAAAAAAUUCAAAUUAAUAAAUCUGUCCUCUAUAGACACAGUAUUAAAAAUGUGAAGAACACAGUGCUAUCAAAGGAGACAGAACUUCAAUUUAUCAAAUACAUUAACGUAUGUGCCGAAUGGGGAUAUCCUAUGGAACUUUAUGACUUAAGGGUUUUAGUUAAAAAUUAUUUGGAUAGAUUAGGCGUUACGGAAAAAAGAUUUAAAAAUAACUUACCUGGGCCGGAUUUCACCAGAAGUUUUUUGAAAAGGCAUAGUGACAAAAUAACUCAGAGGGUAUCACAAAAUAUUAAGAGGAAUCGAGCUGCAGUCUCUCCAGAUACUAUUAAAGAGUAUUUUCAACAGUUACAAAUUUCUAUUAGUGAUGUUCCGAUCGAAAAUAUAGUCAACUACGACGAAACGAAUUUAGCUGAUGAUCCCGGCAGAAAAAAGAUCAUUACUAAGAGAGGAACAAAAUACUCUGAAAGGGUGAUGAAUUCUUCAAAAGCUUCAAUUUCAAUUAUGAUGGCGUGUACGGCUGCAGGAGAAAUCUUACCCCCAUAUGUAGUUUAUAACGCUCAGAACUUAUUCGAUACUUGGAUAAAAUCUGGCCCAAAAGGAGCCCGUUAUAAUAGAAGUCAAUCUGGCUGGUUUGAUUCUAACAUUUUUGAGGAUUGGGUAAACAGUAUGAUAAUUCCGUUUUUUGAAUAUAAACCCGGUAAAAAAUGUUUGAUAGGUGAUAACUUAUCAUCCCACCUAUCAAUUGAUUUAAUAAGAAAAUGCUAUGAAAAGGAUAUACAUUUUAUUUUCUUACCAGCCAAUUCCACGCAUAUUACGCAACCACUCGAUGUUGCGUUCUUCAGACCGAUGAAAAUAGCAUGGAGAGAAAUAAUUUUACAAUGGAAGAAAAUUGAUGGUCGAAAUCAAUCUUCGAUUCCGAAAGGUUGUUUUCCCAAAUUACUUAGUAAAUUAAUGGAAAAAUUAAAAGAAAAUGGCUCAGCAAAUGUUAUUUCUGGCUUCAGAAAAACAGGGAUAAAUCCCUUUGAUUCCUCAGCGGUUUUAAAAAAAUUGCCUGAUUGGGACAAUCAAGCUGAACAGUCCGAAAUCGUUGAUGAGACAAUCUUGGAGUAUUUAAAAGAUAUGCGAUACGGGACCAAUAAUAUAGUUGAACCAACAAAAAAAAAAAAGAAAAAGCUUCAGGUUCAUCCAGGAAAAAGUGUGUUAUUAUCGAGCGAUGAAGACUAUAUUGAGACGACUGACCCAGAAUACCUUGUUUAG